CUUUUUCACUUUCUUCUGAUUUCCUCCUCCAAAGUCCUUUUUAAACACAAUAUUGUGUUCUCCAACACACUCACUCACCACCGUGUCCCCCUGUUUCUUUCUUUCGUCUCCUAUCCACUCAACAUAGCAGCUGCUUCACUUCUAUUUUCAGUUGUUUGCUCCCAAUUACUGGUCAAUGGAACAUAGUUUGAAAAGAAAGUCCCCAGAGAGUGGUCACCAUCCACUCUUGAACACCUUUUCUCUGGAUGAUCUCAAUGAGGACCUCUUGGAAAGGGUACUUUCGUGGCUACCAACUUCCUCAUUCUUUCGCCUCACAUCUGUGUGCAAAAGAUGGAAGUCAGCUUCUGCUUCAGCGAGUUUCAAGCUUGCCUGCUCACGUGUUCCUUCACGUGAUCCUUGGUUUCUGAUGGUUGCUCCCAGCCUCAACCAAUCUGUUGUCUUUGACUCUGCUGAAAACAAUUGGAAAAGACUCAACCAUUUGCACCUUUCGUGCGAAGAUUCUAGCAUAAGCUGCAUUCCUGUUGCAGCCUCUGGUGGCCUAGUUUGCUACCGCAAACACUCCGGCGACUUUGUUGUGUGCAACCCUGUGACUGGAUCGUGUAGUGACCUCCCUCCAUUGCAUUUUGCCCCAGAAAAUCAGCCUCUCAAUGCUGUUGUGAUGAGCACAACUUCCAUGGAUCAAGUCUCAUACAGGAUUGUGUUGGUCUUUGGCGAACUCCCGAAUCUUUUGUUUAAAGUCUACAACUCGAGCUCUGGCUGUUGGGAGGGCGAGAUUGCACUGAGGAGGAAGGUUAACGAUGACGAUGAUAAUUCCAUGGAUUGUGAUUCAUCUGAUGACAAUGUUGUGUACUUCCUUAGCAAGGCUGGAACUGUGGUGGCAAGUAGCAUGCAGAGAAGCCCUUCUAAGCAAUAUUCGUCGGUUAUUACUAACAAAGAUGGUCAUGAGAUAGUUUAUUUUCUGAGCUCCUCAGGGACUGUUGUUGCUUGCAAUUUAACAUACAAGUGCUUCUUUGAGUACCCCAGGUUGUUGCCUGUUUUCAGUGAGUACUCCAUUGAUAUCGUGGAGUGUGGCGGGGAGAUGCUGGUUGUUUUGUUAUCAGAAUUCUUGGAAAGCACAAGUCUUAGGGUGUGGAAAUUCGACGAGGCUAACCGGUGCUGGCAGCAGAUUGCUGCAAUGCCUGCAGCUAUGUCUCAAGAGUGGUAUGGAAAGAAGGCUGAUAUUAACUGUGUUGGAGCCGGCGAUCGGAUAUUUAUAUGCUUGAACUCCCCUGAGCUGUGUACUUAUGUUCUGUGUGAUUUGGUGAGCAACAAAUGGACCGAGUUGCCGAAAUGUUGCUUGAAUGGAGAAGUCAUGGAGUUCAUGUCUGCCUUCUCUUUUGAGCCCAGGAUAGAGGCUUCUGUAUGACACUGAAGUGAAGUGCCCCAGCCUGGUAUCUUGAUUUUGGUUAUCAUCCUUAUUUGUGUUGUGUUAGCUUAAAUUUUCUUCCCACUUGUAUUUGUGAUGCAAAAUAGCUAGUGCUGAUUUGUAUGAAAAUAGACAUGGAAGCUCUAAGUCUAACCAAAUGAUUGAUUGCUUGCUAACAGAGAUAUUGUAAUUGUAAUUCAUUGCUUGUUAGAUGUACACUGUUUACAGUGAAUGGUAUUAUCAGUGAAUGCACGGUUGAUGAUUCUUUUUCCUA